AUGUCUCGAUCAUUUUUAGUGGAUUCUUUAAUUGUGCAGAAACCUGCGAGAUCAAGUGACUCUGGAUCGCUUUCUACUUCAACUUCAACGUCUUCAGAUAGCAUGUUAUCAAGGCAUCUUCAGCACCUUCCAAGCAGUCACGGACUUCCAUGUUAUCCACGCCACCCAGCUGAGAUGCUAGGAUUGUGUUGUCCACUGUGCAUUCAUCCAAAUCAGCAUGUAAUACCUACCACAUCCACGGUUUCAUCUAUGAAAACUACUUCAUCCCUAGGACCAGUUCCGAAGACGAUCUUAGGCGGACUUACGUCUCCGUACUCUCAUCCGUUUCCACAUCAGACGCUUUCUACUUCACCUCCACAUAAUUUUUCAUGACUUCAUUUUAUCAUUUUAGAUGUAAACGGACCUUCGGACGAUCUGCCAAGCAGUAAACGAAUUCGUACAGCUUUCACAAGUACACAGCUUCUAGAGUUAGAAAGAGAAUUCAACUCGAGCAUGUAUUUAUCGCGCCUCAGAAGAAUAGAAAUAGCCACGUAUCUUAACCUGUCAGAGAAACAAGUCAAAAUUUGGUUCCAGAAUCGUCGUGUCAAAUACAAAAAAGACGGAGGAACCGAACCACGAGAAUGUCGCUGUUUACGCACGUGCGGAUCGCGCUCAGACAAAAAGAAGCACGAGUCUUGUUCGGAUCGAGGCGAUGACCAUAUAGUGCCUUAA